UUUUUUUUCUAAUUGUUAUUAUUAUUUAUCUAUAUCUUGGUGAGAGAAAAAGAAGAAAAAAGACAGUGUCUAAACAAUAAGUAACCUAAAUAGAGACAAAUACUUUUUUUUCACUAAAAAUCUGCUAGCCCCGAUAAUCGAAAAAGGGUUCGUUGUAAAUAAAAUAAGGUUGCAAACAAGCUUAUUCUGUACGUUGUUUGCUCGUAGAAUAAUACAAAACUAUCGAAUAAAGAGAUAUGUUUAAUCCCGUCAAGUUUAAACAAAGUUACCUUUCUCUCUCUUUUUUUCCCUUUCUUUCUUCUUGUUGUCUACAUGAUGGAAAACACGGCCCAUAUCAAUCAUGGUGUUACACUAGACAAUGGAUAUUUAAAAUCAGCUAAAGACUACUUGUCAUCCACACCAGUGGGUCACGACGCAUCGUUAAAUAGACCUAGGGUGAUUCAAUGGGAUCCACAUAUGGGUACAGACCAAUCAACUAUAUCUGUUGUUCUAGAGCAAGCCAUUUCGGAUCCUCAUCAAGAAAUUCGACCGAUGAAGAUCGUCUUUGGCCAGUUAGUAGUCGAGACCAACCAACAGCAACAACGAGCACCUACAGCCUCUCCUAUCUCUAGUCAAAAUAAUGCAAAUUUGAUCUGGAUUACAUUGGUAGCUCAUGUACCCAGAUUCUCGGAUACCUUGGUCGAAAAUAUCCAUCAACAAGUCCCGCUUUCCAUAUGUGUUUACGAAAAUACGAAUACAGAUACUGCCAUUGAUCAUUGGAAUUUUGGCGUGUUUACAUAUAAGAAGGGCGCGGCAGAAGUUAAGCAAGAAAAUAAUAGUAACAAAAGAAGUGCAACAGAUGCAUUAAAUGACUACCCAUCUUCUAAACGCAUCCAUACAAGUGCUUCGUUAGAUGAUGACCAACUAUUUAAUCAACUGUUAGCCCCUUUUGAUGACUCACCAGGAAAAAACACAAACAACAAUGGUGUAGAAUCUCGACCCCAGACCCUGUUGGCCCCUCAGCCGUCAAAUCCCAUAUCCAUAUUAAGUCAAAUUACUUCAAACCAGCAACCUUAUCCACCAACACCUACAGAAGGAGGAGGUUAUUACGGGUUUAAUGAUUAUAGUCAACCAACCGCUCCCCCAGCCCCACAGCAGCACCAGCAGCAGCAUGCAUCGAUGCUUGUAAAUAUUCAGCCUAAUCCAUCCAGUAAUACUCAUGUUGGCUAUGCCAAUUCUGCAUCUUAUAACAGCACGAUGCCGUAUCAUCCAGGAUAUGCAAACAAUGGCAGCAGUAAUUACAAUUUAAGUGGGGCUGGGUCCAUGUAUACAGGGUAUGGGAAUAUGCAAGCUCAUGGCAACAUGCUGAGCUCACAACAGCAGGUGAUGAUGAGUCACCAUAACCAGAGUAAUAUGAAUGGCCAUCCUUUUGCAGGUGUUUUAAGUAAAGCGAACCUAAAUAUCACGGGAGAUUUAAUGGAAAUGACAUAUACAUGGACGCAAGAUGAAUGGACUAACGGACGAAGACUUGUUGAAUUUUGGCGAAGACAAGGUGGGGACGAUAAGCUGAGUCAAAGUGAUGAUGAAACGAUUAGUGAAGUCGAGUGUGGGUUCAAGCCCAUUGAACAAGAGUUAUAUCAACAGCAAAGGAUCCGGGAAAAUUUGGCAGCACAAAAGGAUUCAUCCAUCAAAAAACGGUCUAACCCGCUGGUCGUGUCAUGUAUAUAUUGGCAAGAACGUAAUGAUUAUUUUAUUACGUCGGUGGAUUGUAUUUAUUUGUUGGAAGGAUUAAUUGGUGUGCAGUUUACCGUUGAAGAAAAGAAUCGAAUUCGACGUAACUUGGAGGGUUUCAGACCGUUGACAGUCAGUAAAUGCAAACCCGAAUGUGCGGAUUUUUUUAAAUUGAUCAUGAGUUUCCCACAUCCUAAACCACGUAACAUUGAAAAAGAUGUCAAGGUCUUUUCUUGGAAAACAUUACCCAAUGCACUGAGGAAAAUCAUUCGCAAAUAUACGCCAAGUUAUAGUAGUACUGCAGUAGUGAACUUAAAUAAUCUUUAA